AUGUCUAAGAAAAUCGUUGUGUUGUCCGGUGACCACGUUGGUCCUGAAAUCACCGAUGAGGCUAUCAAAGUGCUCAAGGCCAUCUCUGAAGUGCGUCCCGGUGUGAAAUUCGAGUUUGAAAACCACUUGAUUGGUGGUGCGGCAAUUGACGCUACGGGCGUCCCAUUGCCUGAAGACGCACUAGAAGCGUCGAAAAAUGCGUCUGCUGUUCUUUUGGGUGCUGUCGGUGGUCCAAAAUGGGGCACUGGAGCUGUCAGACCAGAACAAGGUUUGCUCAAAAUUCGUAAAGAAUUGGGGCUGUAUGCCAACCUCAGACCUUGCAAUUUUGCCUCUGAGUCUCUACUUUCUUUGUCACCUCUCAAAGCCGAGCAUGCGCGUGGUACCGAUUUCGUCGUUGUGCGUGAACUGGUCGGUGGCAUUUACUUUGGAGAACGUAAGGAAGACACCGGUGACGGUGUUGCGUGGGACAGCGAGAAAUACUCUGUUCCUGAAGUUCAACGUAUCACCCGUAUGGCUGCGUUCCUUGCACUCCAACAAAACCCUCCCCUUCCUAUCUGGUCUCUAGACAAGGCCAAUGUGCUUGCUUCGUCUCGUCUAUGGCGUAAAACUGUCGAAGAAACUAUCAAGAACGAGUUCCCAACGUUGAAGGUCCAACAUCAACUCAUUGAUUCUGCAGCCAUGAUUCUAGUCAAGAACCCAACCCAACUAAACGGUAUUAUAAUCACCAACAAUAUGUUCGGUGACAUUAUCUCCGACGAAGCCUCUGUCAUUCCCGGGUCUUUGGGUCUACUCCCAUCUGCGUCUUUGGCUUCUUUGCCAGACACGAACACUGCCUUCGGUCUUUACGAACCUUGCCAUGGGUCUGCUCCUGAUCUACCAAAGGGUAAAGUUAACCCUGUGGCUACUAUCCUAUCUGCUGCCAUGAUGUUAAAACUUUCUCUAGACUUGGUCGAAGAAGGUAAAGCCAUUGAGACCGCUGUGGGCCAAGUUAUUGACGCCGGUAUCAGAACCGGUGACCUUGGAGGCACCAACUCCACCACCGAAGUGGGUGACGCUAUCGCAGAAGCCGUCAAGAAACUAUUGGCAUAA